CCUAUAUCUACCCCUCUCUUCUUCACACUCUGUAAGAAGCUGACAGCCAUUUCUAACCAUUUAAUUUCUCUCUUUUCGAUCUUUCACUUUCAGACUAAGAAAAUCUCAAAGGAAAGACAUGGCUUCAACGGUUGUGAUGCAGUCAAUCCUGGGAAGCCCAUUGGCCAGCAGAAGUGGCCCGGCCCAGUUCGCCCCAGCUAGCUGCUUGCCCCGCCUUCGCCGGAGCUCCGAUCUCCGGGUCAAGAGCUUGUCCGAGGAUGGCGAGCGGAUCCCUUCACCUCCUCCUCCUCCUCCGGCGCCGAAACCCAGCACCGAUUGGAAGAAAGUGUUCUCCUUCAGCGGUCCCGGGCCGGAGAGAAUCAACGGGCGGCUAGCCAUGGUGGGUUUCGUCUCGGCUAUCGGCGUGGAGCUGGCUAACGGCGGCGAUCUGUUCAACCAGAUCGCCAACGGCGGCGACGCGCUGUUCAUUGGGACUAGCGUGUUGCUGACGUUCGCGUCUCUGAUUCCUCUGCUUCAGGGCGUGACGGCGGAGUCAAAGUCAAAGGGGUUCUUCUCCGCCGACGCCGAGAUCUGGAACGGAAGGUUCGCUAUGGUGGGCUUGGUGGCUUUGGCUUUCACGGAGUAUGUCCAGAAUGGCCCGCUUUUGCACGUCUAGAAGCCGAGCCGAGCCGGGUGAGACGUUAAGCAAGCCAGACCAGCCGCUGCUAAUGGAGCCGGAAUCUUAUUUGGUUUAGCUUGAAGAAUUAAUCUUAUGUUAAUAGAUUGUGCUAUGUUUGCGAUGAAUUUUCGUGCCGUUUUUAGUGCAAUUAACUUGAAGAUAUUGUUCGUUGUCCA